AUGGUAAACAUUAAGCUGGGAGGCUUCCCAAACAUUGUCAUUGAUCCAAACGAUGAGAAUCCAAUACGAGAAGCCAAAGGCAGGAUUCGGCAGAAGAUGAAAGGUGGUGGGAUGCAGGUGUCGUGGAGGACUGAGGCCAGGCAUGCGAGACUGAUCAUUGCCUCUGAUACGGACGAAUUCGACGAGGACAUUAUCAACCACUUCCACUUUCAAAACACAUUGUCCCACGCGGCCGACAAUCUUGAGCUUGGUGAGAACUACGCUAUAGUUGCCUACGGAGAUGCUGCAACACUGUGUCUAGAGGCAGCAAUACAUCCAAUGCCGAAGCUGGCGGCAGUCGUGGCCUACUAUCCACCUUACAUGCCACGGACUUCGACAGGCUGGCCAAGGACCCUGCCCGUGAUGGUUCAUCUGGCGUCGUCACAGAAUUUUGGCACCACACUGGACUCUUAUACGUACCAGGACACGGUCGAAGGCUUCGCAGAACAUGAUUUAGACGAGUAUGACAAGACAGCAGCUCGCGUGUCAUGGUCACGGACACUGCGAAUACUUCGAAGAGCUUUCAGUAUGGAGGAUCACUGGGAUCUCGAGGCUAUUUGGGACAAUCACACCAAGCUGGAAUUCGAUACUAAGGAUGCCGAGGCCACGAUGAAGACGAUGGUUCGAGAACCCUACGUGAACCAUAUUCCGACUAUGACCGGCGGUAUAGGAGCCAGAGAGCUCUUUCGCUUCUACGACGAGUUCUUUAUCCCAAACAACCCGGAGACCAUGAAGCUGAAGCUACUCUCGCGCACAGUUGGUGUUGACAGGGUCGUCGACGAGAUGCUGGUCUCGUUUCGGCACACUACAGAAAUCCCAUGGAUGCUGCCAGGCAUCCCUCCGACGGACAGACAGGUAGAAGUAAUACUUGUAUCAGUUGUGUGCAUCCGAGGUGGCCGUCUGUAUCACGAGCAUAUCCACUGGGAUCAAGCGACAGUUUUGGUGCAAGUCGGCCUUCUGGACCCGAAGCUGAUACCUGACACGUUCAAGACCACUGAAAAAGGCCGGGAGAAGGAAGUGAAGCAGCUUCCUGUUUGCGGUAAGGAAGCCGCGCGGAAGGGGGUCAACGAGAAAGAUGGCAGGAGCAAUCAGCUGAUACCUGGAUGGUCAACAUCAGGUGGUCGAGGUCACAAAGCCGCGAAUGACUCGUCCAGUCGGCCGUCAAGUGAACAGAAGCAGCAAAAGUCUGACAAAGCCAACGAAGGAUCGAACUUAGAUGCAAAGACCAAGGGUGACGCGAAGCCCAGCGACAAGCAAGAGGAUUCAAACAAUAGCAAGAACGCCUGA